AGCAUACCAUUGUGCCAUUGAAGCAGCGGUCGCCACGGGGUGAAGACCAUAUUGCAAAGGUCUCCUCCCUUCGUCUGAUCUGUUUCUGACCACCCAGUUUUGUCGUUAGUUUUCGUCAGUUAUAAUCAAUGGAAUAAAUCAUCCCGGGGAUUCUGCCGUCGACGCAUAUGAAGAGAGCUUGUGGAACUAUAGUUUGUACUAUAGUGUAAAAGUACGCAUAGGGAGGUCAUCGCAUGGAGCUUUUGCAGCAAGAUUUGUAUCUUUGAGGAAAAAAAACAUCUUUUAACCAUCGUUUUUUUAAAUAAUUAAAGAGAGCUGACGGCGAGAGGCCAUUCCCACUGGGCAUUCAGCCAAUCAGCCAGGACUGAAUCCUGACGGUGCUUAGUAGCGAGCGAAGAACACCAUGUGCCAAGUCCCCGUUGGAAAUUCUAAGGGGAAAGAUGAACAGUGCGGGCAUGAAGGAGAGGCAAGAAGAGAGGUUAGUUCGACGACCACCGCCACGAGUCAUCCCGAAGAGAAAACGAAUAGAGAGGAGAAGGAGACGCUGCUGGAGCUGGAGAGCCAAAAGGAUGAGCGGUCUGGCACCAAGGAGGACGCACAGGCACGGCUGAACUGGGCCAACAAGCUACAGUUUGUGCUGGCGUGCAUUGGCUAUUCUGUUGGUCUGGGUAACCUAUGGAGAUUCCCUUACCUGUGUUAUAAGAGCGGUGGAGGAGCAUUUCUAAUCCCCUACUUCACAAUGCUGUUCGUGUGUGGCAUCCCCCUGCUCCUCAUGGAAUUGACGGUGGGCCAAUUCACGCGGAGGGGCCCCGUGGGAGCCCUCGCCAAACUCUGCCCCUUGCUGAAAGGAGCUGGAGUAGGGACCGUGGUAAUGUCUUUCCUGGUGGGGACUUACUACAACAUCAUCAUAGCGUGGUCCAUAUUCUACAUGAUCCAGUCUUUCACCGAAGAUCUGCCGUGGAAGAAUUGCAACGCUACCUGGGCCGUCGCUUGUUUUGACGAUUAUGGCGCCAACGUCACAGCGCCCAACGAUAGCAAGUCGGCCACAGAGGAAUUUUUUGACGAAGUCGUUCUGCAACGGAGUACGGGCAUAGAGGCGAUGGGGUCGGUCAGGCUGGAGCUGGUGCUGGCUCUCGUUGCCGCCUGGAUCUUGGUCUACUUUUGCAUCUGGAAGUCCAUCAAGUCGUCUGGAAAAGUUGUGUACGUGACGGCCACCGUUCCGUACCUUUUGAUCGGUGCUUUUCUCUGGCGAGCACUGACACUGCCGGGAGCAAAUAAUGGGCUCCAGUACUUCUUUAAACCUCAAUGGGAGCUGCUUUUGGAUGCCCAGGUGUGGGUCAGCGCUGCUGCUCAGAAUUUCAACAGCAUUGGUAUUGCCUUCGGAUCGCUAAUAGCAUUUGCUUCCUACAAUAAGCUUGACAACAAUAUCGUCUUGGAUACGUGGGCCAUCUGCCUUACCAACUCGUUCACGUCCCUAUUGUCUGGGAUGAUUGUGUUCUCAACCCUUGGAAACAUUGCUCUGGAACAAGGCAAAGAUAUUGACGAUGUUGUCGCCCAAGGCCCAGGUCUGGUGUUCACAGUGUACCCCCAAGCGCUCGCCAAGAUGCCGUAUGCAGCGGCGUGGUCCGUCCUCUUUUUCUUCAUGCUUCUUAUCUUUGGUCUGGACUCACAGUUUGCCAAUGUUGAAGUUAUUAUUACUUCCCUUCAAGAUGAGUUUCCGAAGUGGAUCAAGAAGCACCUGAAGCACCAUGAGUUUCUUGUUAUGAUUGUAUGCUUUGUUUCUUUCAUCUGUGGUCUCCCGAAUGUAACGGAG